UUUUUUUUUCUUGACACAUUUUACUUUUUCAGCCCCUUACUUCUAUCUAAUUGAAUAAUAUUAAUAAUAAUAAUAAUAAAAAAAGAAAAUGAUUAUUCAUCUUAUUCCUUUUAUUUUUGUUAUUUAUACUAUUUGUAUAUUACAUAUACCACUACACUAUGCAUUACAUAAAGAAUAGUACUUCACCACCAUCAAAUACUAUUCAUCCUUUGACAACACCAACUUAUGAUGACAUAGACCCAGAUCAAAUUGAUACAAGUCCUAUUAUGACAUCCAAUACAACAACAAAUCCAAGGUCUAUUCCAAUGAAUGCCUACACUAACAAUACUUCGGAGCAAACUAGUCAUCAUUCCUCGUCUUUCUAUUCUACUCUCUUCUUUCAAAACUGGCUAUUACCUUCUACAUCUACUACAAGUACAACUACAGGACAAAAUUUGAUGGAUCAACAACAAUCAACUUUUUUAUCACCUUUUUAUUAUUCUCAAUAUGGUUCUCUUGGUACUUCAUCUUUUAUUUCACCUUCUUAUGCCUCUUCAUUCUUUGAUCGUAAUCAUGUUGAUGUUAUUAUGGACGACGGAACUCGACAAAAACGUACCAUAUCUUUAACAACUGUACCACUUUUUCCAUCUUUUCCAUCUAACCUAUCUCCUAGGGAAAACUUGGAAACGACUCAUUUAUUACCUUUUACUUUUGAUCAACGACAAUAUCACCAAAAUAACAAUUCCAUCAUUACAGCUGCAGGAUCUAUUGAUCAACAGGAUAACUUCUCAGAUAGUGAUGAGGACAAUGAUGGUGAUAACAAACUAAACAGCAAGAAAAAGACAAUGAAAUCUUCUACUUUCUUCUCUUGGAUCAAAUUAUCAACACUGACGACAGGACAAAAACGCGUGUUGAAAUGUAGUCUAGCUUAUAUUUUGGGAUCUUUAUUCACGUUUGUACCUCUCUUACAUGAAUGGGUCAAUGGUGGAUAUGGGGAAGAUGGUAUGGUUCGAAAUAGGGUAGCAAGUUCUAUGGCAGCAACGGUCACCGUGUUUUUCAAUCCAGCGAAAACAGUAGGUGGUAUGGUUGAAGCAGCAGGAAUUGGAUGGAUCAUGACAUUAGGUGCUCUCGCUGUUUGUCUUGCAAGUCUCUGGACAACUGAUUAUUUUUUGGACUAUUUACAUCAAACUUCUGUUUCUUAUGCGAUCACUCUUAUUGGUUGGCUCUUGACAAGUACUCUUUUACUGACUUUUCUGAAGGCACGAUACUCUGAUCGACCAAGCGUGGGAACUGCAUCUUCUUUGGCAUUCAUUAUUCUUUUUCCUAUUUUGGUACGCGAACAUACUUUGGACGAAUCUGAAUACAGUCGACAAAAGAUUCAAGAUACAUUUGCCAUUGUUGCUAUUGGUACUGCCAUUUCAUCUGCUGUAUGUUUCUUUAUUUGGCCUCAAACUGCAACCGAAAAGUUCAAUUCCAAUAUGUAUGAUAGUCUUCAAAGUCUUCGUAUUUUACUGAAAUUAUUGACAAAAACUUUCUUAUUGGAUGCUGAUCUACCAGAUUUCAAGGCAAAUGAACCAUUGGCACAAGCGAUCAAAACGCAUGCUACAAGUUUUACUGCUCUUCAAUCUAGUCUACGAGAAGCACGUCUUGAAUGGUGGCGGUGGAACAAGUCUGAUAACUGUGAUGAUGGAUAUGACCGCAUGGUCAAAAGCAUUCAACGAUUGGCUCUUCAUAUUGGUGGAUUACGAAAAAGCUGUGGGCUACAAUUCGAUCGAACUCAUAAUACGUCAACUAUUUCAACAAUAAAAGAGAACGACAAUGAAAAUGUUACCUAUCAAAUCAGAGCGGAUGAUCAUAGACGAAAAUUUGAACGUACAUUGAAAAGAGAACAUAGUACACAGGAUACAUCUUUGGCGGAACAAAUUGAUGAAGAAGAGAAUUAUACCAAUUCGCAAACAAGUGGUAAUGAUGGCAAUUUGAUCAAUUUUCUUCGAACGACCGGACCGCCUAUGAAAUCAUUAGCAUUCACCUGUAAACAAACGAUCAUCCAUCUUCAAUAUCACUUUACACCCUCAAAAGAUACAACGACUUUAUCUCCUCCACCAUCUUUUUCUACUUUACGUGAAAACCUUGGAUUGGCUUUGGAAGUCUUUGAACAAUCACAACAAAAAGCAUUGACACGCUUAUAUCGUCGGCAUAUUAGCAAUAAAAACAAGGACAAGGAAAAUGGACCAACAACAAAAGCAAAAACUGAAUCUUCUACUGGUUACUUCUCACCAACUACACCUCAUCCUUCGACUGUGCAUUCAGAAUUACUGACUCAAUUUCCUGAAGAUGAUUUAUUUUUGGUUUACUUUUUUGUAUUCUGUCUAAGUGCCUUCGCCAAGGAAUUGAUGGUCACUGUGACAUGUAUGGAACAAGUAUUUGAUCGAUAUGAAAAACGGAUCUCGAUAACAUCUUUGAUGUUUGGUAUCAAGUGCCUCUUCACUGCUGCUUUCCAAUCUAGUCACAAUACUGGUCCAUUUCUUUCUAACAAUCAACACACGGUUGACACUCUACAUACUCCAGCACCAAGUAACUUGAGUCAUUCUUUUCGAUUGGGAGUUUGGAGCUUCUUAUCGUGGUUUCGAAAAUAUCAAGUGCGAUAUGCUAUCAAGGCAGGAUUGACAACUUUGGUAGUGGCAAGUAUGGCUUUUUUUCCUUCUACUCAAGAUUAUUUUCAAACCUAUCGAAUGGAAUGGACUCUGAUUACGGCUUUGGCAGUGAUGACCCCAACAGUAGGAGGAACCAAUUUUAAUGCAAUACUGCGUUUGGGUGCAACAGUGGUAGGAGUAGUGAUUGGUGCAUGUUGUUAUCAAGUAUUCUCUGGUUAUCAUGUGGUGGUUCUUAUCUUUUUGACAUGGAUGGUAUCUCUUCCUUGUUUUUGGAUGAUUCUUCACCAACCGAAAUAUGGCAAGUUUGGGCAAUUUGUUUUACUAGCUUACACUCUUGUGAUUCUUUACAAGUACAAUCAUCCUGAUGUGAACGUAUUUGACUUGGCUUAUCAAAGAUGUGUGGCUGUUUGUCAAGGUGUCAUCAUAGGAUUGGUGGUGACUACCUAUAUGUGGCCUUACGAAGCAAGAAAAGAAGUACGACUUGGCUUAUCUGAUCUUUUAUUAAGAUUCUCAUGGCAAUAUUAUCAACUGAACAAUACCAAUAACAACAUGAUGACAACGAUGAUGAUGCCAACAAUGACAACAACAACUACGAUGAUGCUGAUGACAACAGGGGACGAGGAUGAUGACGAUAUAACAUUGAAUUUACAACACCAGCUAUACGAUUUAUCAGUGCUACUAAGUCAUGCGCCCAACGAACCAAGGUUGAAAGGACGUUUCCCAGUCAAGACUUAUCAAGUGAUGUUAGAAUUAUGUCAAUCGAUUUUGGAUAAUUUGGUGAUGAUGCGGAUGGUGAUGAAGGCAAAUCAACAAACGAACAAGCAAGGGACAGAGAUGGAGGGCAAUGUGGUGUUGUAUUUUUACGUAUUGGCGUCGGCGUUGCAGCUUAAGACGCCUCUACCUCCCUACCUACCUCCUGCAGAUAUGGCACGCAAACAACUCAUUGGACGAUUACAAUCCUCAACAAUGCAUCAUGCAUCUAUUUCUUCUUAUAUGGAUUAUUAUGCGUAUAUUGUCUUAAUGGAAACUAUGCUCACCGAUAUGGAUCAGUUGGGAUCUCAUAUGAAGGCACUUUAUGGAUCAUUGAUUCCUCAUUGGCACAAUUGAAAUUAAGACAGAUUGAUCUUUUUUGGUGAAAUUCUCCCAUUCAAGAAAAGGAGUUCUCGAACAAAAUGGAAAGUCAGGGGCCAAUAUCAGCUGAUGUACCUUAGAAUAGAAUCUUAGAACCUUGAUUUUUUAAGUUAUCAAUACACC